AUGGCGUAUAUAAUAUACACGUGUGGGACGGGUGGGGCACCGGUGCUCAAUGGUAUACUGUCGUGGAAGGGAUGGCAACCUAUUAGUAAACUCACUUACCAGGCUUGUCUCAUUCAUUUAUUGGAGUACAUAUCCGGGUUUCAUAUAUUUGGGGGCCUGUUUUUAAAAUUAUUGGCAGCUCGAUAUUCAGACAUGCCUCAGAUCAUAACGGGGCAGGAAUCCGAAUGGCCACAAUUAUACCAGUGCGAACUCUAG